UACCUCCGCGGUAUGGAAUGUUGACAAGGAGACACAGCGCAGGGGAUACACCAAAACACAGCAUAGCACAAUCACWAUCACCACCAUGAUUGCGGCGAACAGCUUUAGYCUACAUGAACUAAAAGGAAAAAUAUCUUCCGCCCGACGACACAACUGGAAUGCGUUUUUCGUAGGGUUCCUGGCCCUGGCCGCGGUUGCUUGCGGGAUAGCCGUGUACGCGGCAGGGGUUGUGGUGCCGAAGCUUCACGACGCAAGGGACAUGUCCCACGGCAAGCAGCACCCGUCCUUUGACGCCCCCGACCUAAAACGACACAACGCCCAGCACAAGCACGAAUUCGARAGCGCCUACCACAUGCCAGACAGAAAAGUCCUUGAUCGGGAAGUCGAGGAAAGCCUCGAGGCAGAGAAGAAAGAGCACAACCAAUUGCGAGCUCAGCCCGCGGCCGAGAAGCAGAAGGCGGGGUUCUCUACUACCGAUGCCGGCUCCAAAACGGAAAUCCGUGGGGAUGCCGCCAACCAAAAAUACCACAUGGUCUUUUCCACCAGCUGCUCCGGUUUUCAGAACUGGCAGGCCCUGGCCUUUUUCUAUUUUGCGCACAAGGUCCGCCAGCCGGGGACAGUAACCCGGCUCGUCUCAGGGUGCACCGACGAGGAGGAGAAAAAACUUAAAAAGAUCCACAAGGAGCGUGUGGUUCCCCUUCAGAUCCCGGGACUGCAAACCUUUGAGAUGCACGUGACCCCCGGCUUUGACGACUCGGGCGGCGGGAGCCAAAAGUACUGGAACAAACCUAAUGGAUUGCUUCACUGGAUGGAAGAGUCCCUUGGCUUCGACGGAAAAUCCGACCACGAGGACGACGACGCSAUAGUUAUAAUUUUGGAUCCUGACAUGAUGCURCUGAGGCCCAUCACGGCGGACUUUUCGUCCAAGAACUACGCCGGGGGAUGGGCCACCUCCAAAAAUACCAAGGAACACGUUGYGAACAAUAUGUCGCCCGUGGAUUAUUCGCACGAYGUUGUGACCCACGGAAGACCCCAUGCCCAGCAGUACGGUUUCGGAAGCAACUGGCUCACUUCCUUGAAGGGCCGCCUCGAGGAAGUCGUGGGCCCGGACUCCCCCGCCCUUAAGCUUUCGCUAGAUGACGCCAACGACUACUACCCUGCCGGGCCGCCGUACCUUGCCACCGCGAAGGACAUGUACCAGAUCGCCGUCCACUGGGUCAAGUUUUUGCCAAAGGUCCAUGAGAUUUUCGAGCCCUUUAUGUGCGAAAUGCACGCKUAUUCCGUGGCGGCUGCCCACCUGGAGCUCCCGCACAAGCUGGGGGUAGGGUUCAUGGUCUCGGACGUGGACAGCGACGAGGAAUUCGGAUUCGUAGACAAACUCAUGCCGUCUGAAGUGUGCAUGGCACCCCCCGCACUUGAGGCCACGGAAAGCGGCCAAGCGAUCGACCUGACCGAUAGCACCACCAUGGUGGAUCCGGUCUACAAAGMGGUGGGCAUUGCCACCCAACAGCUUCCCUUUGUGCUCCAUUACUGCCAGCGAUAUGCCCUYGGGCGGUGGUUCUUUUCCAAGUACAAGCUUCGCGAGGACAUAUUUACGAACUGCACGGCACCGCUCCUCCGGGAACCCCCCCGGAACGUUGCAGAGCUUUACCAGUGGUACAUUUUUCCCAAUGGGAUCGAAAAGUUAAAUUUUGCCUCCGUCAAGGACGAGAAAUGGAAGCAGGAAGGGCUGCGAGUCAAGCAUCUGAGACACGGCUGGCUCCUCUGUGCCGUCCUUUACGGAAUCAAUGGGGCCAUCGAGGCCUACAAGACCGAAACCUGCCAGGACAACUCGGACGCCUUCCAAAAGACGUGGCACUUUCACGACGAGGUGCUCUUUGACAAGAUGAUCGCCGAUCCUUCGAUUCCGAGCGAUCUGUUCGAACCAGAUGCGAAAACCGACGCCGGAACGUCGGGAGGCACCCAGUGAGCGACGUGCUGCAUAAAAGGUUACCCUCGAUACAUUUUCCRAAAUGCACCACCAGCGCUCUCGAGCUAUAAGGGAAACGCAAAUCCUUGAAACCAAMCAAACAAACAACCUAAAAAAGAACUGAAAAUUCUGGAUUKGCACCGUUGGGGUGAAAGUGGCYGAGGGCGGCUCGAACGUGGCAUUCUUAAAGGUUUCCUUUUUAGUAAACAAAUSUCAAUGAA